UAAAUUUUCGAAGGAUGUUACGAGUGACGUUUCAAUAGUUUUAAACGUGUCUUUUUACAGAGCCGAUAUUGAAAUACUGAAGUAAUUUAUCUAUUUAAAUUAAAAGUAAAUUAACAAUGACCAAUUUGGAUCGUAAAGGCACCUUUAAGGUGGAGUAUCUUCAAGAAAUCGAAAAGAAAGUACAAGAACGAUGGGAUCGAGAAAAAAUCUUCGAAAUGGAAGCACCAGAUGAUGGAAAGCACUAUGAAAAAUUUAUGUGCACUUUUCCAUACCCAUAUAUGAAUGGACGUUUACAUCUUGGCCAUACAUUCUCCCUCUCUAAAUGCGAGUUUGCAUCAAGAUACUAUAGAUUAAAAGGUCGAAAGGUUCUUUUUCCUUUUGGAUUUCAUUGCACUGGUAUGCCCAUUAAGGCAUGUGCUGAUAAACUUAAACGAGAAAUGGAAUUAUAUGGAUGUCCACCAGUAUUUCCAGAAGAUGAAGAGUUGGAAGUUAAAGAACAGGCCGAUAUAAUUCCCAAAGAUAAAAGUAAAGGAAAAAAAAGUAAGGCUGUUGCCAAAACUGGGGCAGCCAAGUUUCAGUGGCAGAUAAUGCAAAGUAUUGGUGUGCCUGAAGAGGAAAUUAAGAAGUUUGCAGAUGAGGGUCAUUGGCUUGAGUACUUUCCACCACUUGCUGUUGCCGAUUUAAAACGAAUGGGUAUUCAUGUUGAUUGGCGUAGGAAGUUUAUCACAACUGAUGCGAAUCCAUUUUAUGAUUCAUUCGUGAGGUGGCAGUUUCAUCAUCUUAAAGAACGUAAAAAAAUUAUGUAUGGUAAACGUUACACGAUUUUUUCGCCAUUGGACAAACAACCAUGCAUGGACCAUGAUCGAAGCACUGGAGAAGGUGCAGGCCCACAGGAAUAUACCCUUAUCAAGAUGGAGGUAUUACAACCGCUACCAAACAUUUUUAAGCCAUUCGAAGGAAAAAUGAUAAGUUUUGUAGCAGCAACUUUAAGACCCGAGACUAUGUAUGGUCAAACCAACUGUUGGGUUCAUCCUGACAUCAAAUACAUCGCUUUUGAAACUGUGAAUGAUGGUAUUUUUAUUUGCACCAAGAGAGCAGCAAGAAACAUGAGCUAUCAAGGUUUUACUGAAAAAGACGGAGAGUUCAAAAUACUCAAAGAUUUUGUAGGCCAAGAUCUUUUGGGUGUUGCUCUUAAAUCUCCAGCCACUUGUUAUGAAAAAAUAUACUCACUACCAAUGUUGACAAUUAAAGAAGAUAAGGGAACUGGUAUAGUGACCAGUGUUAUCUCUGAUUCCCCGGACGACUACGCAGCUUUUGUCGACCUGCAAAAGAAACCAGCAUUCAGAGAGAAGUAUGGUAUUACUGACGAAAUGGUUCUUCCAUACAAACCCGUACCGAUACUCGAAAUUCCAGAGUUCGGAAAUCUCUCUGCAAUUCAUGUUUAUGAUAAAUUAAAAAUACAAAGUCAGAAUGAUAAAGACAAACUAUUACAAGCCAAAGAAAUGGUUUAUCUGAAAGGUUUCUAUGACGGUGUCCUAUUGGUUGGUGAAUUCAAAGGUUCGAAGAUACAAGAUGUUAAGAAAAAAGUGCAAACGAAUUUGAUUGAACAAAAGGGUGCUGUCAUUUAUUACGAACCAGAAAAGACGAUUAUGUCAAGAUCUGGGGACGAAUGUGUGGUAGCUCUUUGUAAUCAAUGGUAUCUUGAUUAUGGUAAUGAGGAAUGGAAGGCUCAAGCAGAAAGAGCACUGUCCCUAAUGAACACCUAUCACGAUGAGGUCAGAAAAAAUUUUCAAGCUACUUUGAAAUGGUUACAUGAAUACGCCUGUUCUAGAACAUAUGGUCUAGGAACGAAAUUACCUUGGGAUCAACAGUGGCUCAUCGAAUCUCUCUCUGACUCCACUAUUUACAAUGCUUACUAUACUAUUUCCCACUUUCUGCAGGGUAACACGUUUAGGGCUAAUGCUGAAAAUGAACUAAAAAUUAAACCAAAUGAUAUGACCAUUGAUGUUUGGGACUACAUUUUCUUUAAAGAUGCUCCUGUGCCAAAAAAUACUAAAAUACCUAAACAGGCACUUGACAAAAUGAAAAAGUCCUUCCAGUUCUGGUACCCUGUUGACCUCAGAGUAUCAGGAAAAGAUUUAAUCCAAAAUCACUUGACGUUUUAUAUUUACAACCAUUGCGCUAUUUGGGAAAAAGAGGAAGACAAGUGGCCGAAGGGGAUUCGCGCUAAUGGUCACCUGAUGUUGAAUUCUGCAAAAAUGUCCAAAUCAGAUGGAAACUUCCUAACUCUUACCGAAAGUGUUGAUAAGUUUAGCGCGGACGGCAUGCGGCUCACUCUAGCCGACGCGGGGGAUUCGGUUGAAGAUGCAAAUUUUGUCGAAAGUACAGCUGACGCGGCCAUUCUGCGACUUUACACAUUCAUCGAGUGGGUGAAGGAAAUCAUCGUUACCAAGUCGAGCUUGAGGACUGGUGAUUACAAUUUCCAUGAUAAAGUAUUCAUGAGUGAAAUGAACAUGAAAAUUAAUCAAACUGAUGACAACUACAAGAAAAUGCUAUUCAAAGAGGCCUUGAAGACCGGUUUCUUCGAGCUGCAAGCUGCUAGAGACAAGUACCGGGAAUUGUGCUCUGAGAGCGGAAUGCACGCAGAGCUGGUCCAGCGAUACAUCGCCACGCAGGCCAAGUUGAUGUCGCCCAUAUGUCCUCAUGUCGCUGAGUACGUCUGGGAACUGCUGGGAAAUAAAGAAAGCAUCCUUCACGAACAGUGGCCUGUGGCGGGCGAAGUGGACGAGGCGUCCGUAAAAGCCAGCAACUACUUAAUGGAAGCGGCCCACUCCUUCCGCAUCUAUCUUAAGAAUCACUGUGCUGCGAAAAAGCCUAAGAAAGGAGAAGUUGCUAAACAGGAACCCAAACCGAACAAAGCCAUUAUUUGGGUAGCCAAAGCGUACCCGAAGUGGCAACACAUUAUAUUGACCACUCUGGAUGAACUCAAUGGGCCGGACGGUCUACCAGACAACAAGACGAUAUCCACGAAGCUGUCUCAGAUCCCGGAACUGAAGAAGUACAUGAAGCGCGUGAUGCCGUUCGUGCAGGCGUCGCGCGAGGCGCCGCCCGGCCGCCUGGGCGCGCUGCCCUUCGACGAGAGCGCCGUGCUGCGCCACAACCGCCCCUACCUGCUGCAGGCGCUCGACUUGGAGUCCAUCGAAAUCAAAUAUACGGAUAGCCCAGAAGCACCGGAGAAAACUCGCGAGGACUGUGCGCCGGGACAGCCGCACGUCAGCUUCUUCGCCGAGCAGCGCGUGGCGCUCGAACUGGCCAACCCCAUUCCGCGCUCCGGACUCUUCUCGCUCUCGAUCGGUCUCGCCGACGGCGACAAUCUGACUAAACUCAAAGCCAAGGUCGCUAAGGAAGUCAAAGCUAUUAAGGAUGUAAGUUUGCUAAAACUAUGGCGUUAUAAGGAUCCAGUCCUCGGGCCUCGGAAAAUACCAGUCGCCGGUGAUUAUUUAACUAAAUGCGUGCCGUUGGAGAAUGACUCGAUAUUCAAUGUUGACGUCAACACUAACAAAGUUCAAAUCGUCGAUAGCGGAUCUAAAGUCGACGUUGGUGUUCAUUUAAUAUAUACUUACGAGUAAUACUAAUAAAUUAAGUAUUUAUUGAAAUUA